CGGAGGUGGGGUUGGGGACGGAGGUGGGGUUGGGGUUCGAGGGAAGAGGGAUCAAGGCCAAGACCGAGAAGCCGUGCAGGUCCAGGUUGAGGACAAGGAUGAGGGUGAGGUCGAGGGUGAGAUUGAGGCCGGAAACGCCGGUGCAGGUGCAAGUGCAGGUGCAGGAGCGGGUACCGGUGAGGGUACGAGAAAGGGCAAGAGCAAGGCUCUGGGUCUGGGUACGGUUGGGGAGAAAUUCGGGCAAAGGCGGGAUGAAGAGGUCUUCGAAGGACAGCUGGGUGGGAAUAUGAAAGAUGGAGAUGGAGGUGAACGCAAGCAGGACGGGGAGAUCGAGGUCGGGCUCGGAGAUGGGGUCGUCCGGGACGGGUUCAAGGUUGGGGAAAAGCCAAAGACUUGGUCCAAGCACGACCUUGACGAUAAAGAAAAACAUGAGGAGGAUGCUCACGACAAUAACGACAACAACGAUAACGAUAUCGAGAAGACCCCAACUCGGGGUUAUACUCUUACCCCCGUUCAUCCUUCGAUUGACCCGGCGAACGCUCCAGCGCAAGCUCGUGUUGGACCUCCGCCUCAGACUCAGGCUCAACCUCCCGCCCAUCCUGUCCCUAUCGCUAUCAGCACUUCAAUUUCCAACUCGGGGCCCGAUAUUUCCUUCCACGUCGUCCCUCCUGCCCAAACUCAAACUCGGACCCAAACUCAGGCUCAAGAACUACCUCGGGCGAUCGAGCCGAGGGUCACCCAGCCUACGCUUACGCCUACGCCUACUCCGGGGAUCAAGACCACCUCCACGUCCACGUUCUCGGGUGAUCCUGCCGAUGAUGAUGGUAGUGGAAGGAGGAAAAGUGUUAGUGGCACGGAUAGAGGUGGUCUUGGGGAAGGUCGAUCCGGGUCAAAGGGAAGGGGGAAGAAUAGUGUUGAACGCGACUCGCCUGGUAACCCGUUCAUUCAGAGAGGAACUCCGACUUCAACUUCGGCUUCGACGUCGACGUCGACCUUGGGGAAUACCAAUAUCAACUUCAACAAGGCCGGUCCUGGCACUGGUACUAGCGAUAACACUAAUGCCGCUACUAGCAAUUCGGAUUUCGGAAGAAAGUUGCAAGGGCUUUCGUCUUCCUCUAUUCAUAACAACAUUAUUGUGGCGGAGAUCGACAAGGAUAACAACCAGGACAACGACGAUUCGGCUUUCCACGAUACCUUGAAUGGGAGACGAAGGUUUUCGACUCGGUCGGCUUCGGCAAGGGGAGAAGAUAGUAUCUUCGACGCACAACCGGGAGAUGUAUCGAAGAUGGUCGAUGAUCAUGGACAUGGAUAUGGUGCCGAGCUUGAGGGUGACGAGUACGAUCCAGCGUUCGAGUUUAGGACGAGUUGGGAGGUCCUGCGGAACAGCGUCUACUCCCUCGUCGAAGACGGCAAAAUGUUUCACCUCCUCCCCACUCACCUCGCCUGCGACCGGUGCAUCUCGGAAUCCCUGAUCGACAGGCCCAACUGCAAGAUUGUCAUCCCGAACGACCUCGACCCGGCCGUAUUGCACGAGGCCAUGUCAUCGGCCAGCGCUCACCGGGAAGCUUGUACGGCUUGUCUAUACGCCCACGUGUCUUGCUCGUUCCAGGCGGAAACCGAGGAGGAGAAUGAGGUGGAAAAGGAGGAGGAGGAGGAGGAGGAAAGGGAACCCGAACCCGUCAUGGAUACCAUGGCCGAGUUGACCCAGGGCACCCUAUCGAUGAUGACCGACAACAACGACGCGGAAAGCACCUUUACCCACGCCUUUGAGGGCGUCUUUGAAAACUCGAUCAGGCAGUACUACAACGAUCCUCGUCGGGAGACUUACGAGACGUGCAAGGCGAACUUGAAACUCGUCGACGGGAUGGCUAAAGGGCAGGCCGGGGAGGACGAGGUCUGGAUUCAGAGGUACAGGCAGAGGUUGGGCAACUGCGUCAAGGAUUGGAAGGCGAAAGACAGGGUCUCGGUGGUUUAGCGUGGAGUCAAGGUAAUGGGUUACGAAAACUGUACAGUCUAGGCUUCAUCUAUCGAAUCUAUAUCAU